AUGCAUUCGAAGGCGUUCGCGAACGGACCGCGCGUGUUGCUGUUGGCGGUGGCGGCGGCGGCGGCGGCGCUGUCCGGUCGGUCGGUGGGCGGUCAGUUCCAGGGCGAGCGCGGCAUCUCCAUCCCCGACCACGGCUUCUGCCAACCCAUCUCCAUCCCCCUGUGCACCGACAUCGCCUACAACCAGACCAUCAUGCCCAACCUGCUGGGCCACACCAACCAGGAGGACGCGGGGCUGGAGGUCCACCAGUUCUACCCUCUGGUCAAGGUCCAGUGCUCCCCGGAGCUGAAGUUCUUCCUGUGCUCCAUGUACGCCCCGGUGUGCACGGUGCUGGAGCAGGCCAUCCCGCCCUGCAGGUCCAUCUGCGAGAGGGCUCGGCAGGGCUGCGAGGCGCUGAUGAACAAGUUCGGCUUCCAGUGGCCCGAGCGGCUCCGGUGCGAGAACUUCCCGGUGCACGGGACCGACCAGCUGUGCGUGGGCCAGAACCGCUCCGAGGAAGGCGGCGGUGGAGGCGGUGGAGGCGGUGGAGGUGGUGGUGGAGGCGGCGGCGGCGCACCCAACGCCCUCUCCACUCUCCCGCCCCACCACCCGCACCGCCACCCGCACAGCCCGGACCCCCCGCGCCCGCACCACCCCCGCGACCCCCCGCUCUUCAGCUGCCCGCGGGCCCUGAAGGUGCCGCCGUACCUGAACUACCGGUUCCUGGGGGAGGAGGACUGCGCCGCCCCGUGCGAGCCCUCCCGGGCCAACGGCUACAUGUUCUUCAGCCGCGAGGAGAUGCGCUUCGCCCGCGUCUGGAUCCUGAUCUGGUCGUCGCUGUGCUGCGCCUCCACCCUCUUCACCGUCACCACGUACCUGGUGGACAUGCAGCGCUUCCGCUACCCGGAGCGGCCCAUCAUCUUCCUGUCGGGCUGCUACACCAUGGUGUCGUUCGCCUACAUCGCGGGCUUCGUGCUCCAGGACAAGGUGGUGUGCAACGAGAGGUUCUCGGAGGACGCCUACCGGACGGUGGUCCAGGGCACCAAGAAGGAAGGCUGCACCAUCCUCUUCAUGAUGCUGUACUUCUUCAGCAUGGCCAGCUCCAUCUGGUGGGUCAUCCUGUCCCUCACCUGGUUCCUGGCCGCCGGGAUGAAGUGGGGCCACGAAGCCAUCGAGGCCAACUCCCAGUACUUCCACUUGGCCGCCUGGGCCGUGCCGGCGGUCAAGACCAUCACCAUCCUGGCCAUGGGUCAGAUCGACGGGGACCUGCUGAGCGGCGUGUGCUUCGUGGGCCUGAACGGCAUCGACCCGCUGCGGGGCUUCGUGCUGGCGCCGCUCUUCGUGUACCUGUUCAUCGGCACCUCGUUCCUGCUGGCGGGCUUCGUGUCCCUGUUCCGGAUCCGGACCAUCAUGAAGCACGACGGCACCAAGACCGAGAAGCUGGAGAAGCUGAUGGUCCGGAUCGGGGUCUUCAGCGUCCUGUACACGGUCCCGGCCACCAUCGUCAUCGCCUGCUACUUCUACGAGCAAGCCUUCCGGGAGCAGUGGGAGAAGAGCUGGGUCAGCCAGACCUGCAAGUCCUACGCCAUCCCCUGCCCCCUCCAGUACCACCCCCGCAUGACCCCCGACUUCACCGUCUACAUGAUCAAGUACCUCAUGACCCUGAUCGUGGGCAUCACCUCGGGCUUCUGGAUCUGGUCGGGCAAGACCUUGCACUCGUGGCGCAAGUUUUACACCAGUCUGACCAACAGCAAACACGGGGAGACGACCGUGUGAGGCCCUCCUCCCCCCCCACCCCCACCACCGGGGUUGUGUGUGGGUGUGUG